AUGCCAGUAGUCAAUCAUGAGGAUAGUGAAUUUCACCUUUCGCACACAGAAGAGGACAAGUUAAAUGAGUUCCAGGUCAUCACGAAUUUCCCCCCAGAAGACUUGCCAGAUGUGGUGAGACUGUUGAGGAACCAUGGUUGGCAGUUAGAACCAGCAUUGAGCCGAUAUUUCGAUGGAGAGUGGAAAGGCGAACCAGACCAGAUGGGAGAGCCCACUCAAACGUCUACACCCAUGGCUGAGACCUUGGUUCCUCCCGCGUUGGGACCUAGACCGUUGUUAUUUACAGCCUCACUGCCCGUGGUCAGACCAUUGCCAGCGAACUUCCGCAAUGAUUUCAGAACAAUUGGGCUAAAUGGACGCUCUAACACUGUGUGGUCCAUGUUUGAAUCUUUUAGUUAUGAUGGUAACCCCUUUCUUUUUAUUUUACUGUUGAUCCCUCGGAUAAUCAAUAGGUUAUCUGCCACAAUAUUCACGUUCUUUUGCACUCUAUUGUCCCUGCAUUCGAUAAGUGGUGGCGGUAAUUCAGGAAAACCCAAGAUCUCCAAGGUUCCAAAGGCACCAACCAGAGAAACCCAUAUCCCACUUGCAGAAAUACUGGGUGACACGAAGGACAAGGAUGCAUUUUGCGAACUAAAAAGCUUUAAACCAGACAUUUCCUUCAAUGAGGCCUUGCGUAUUGCAAAAGAAGAGUUUAAGUUUAUGUUGCUCAUCCUAGUGGGCGACACCUACGAUACCGAUACUGAUACCGUAGAUGUUAAUUCUAAACUACUAUUGGAAAAGAUUUUGUUAAACAAGAAGACUUUACAGUACUUGCGCAAGAUUGAUAACGACCUGAUUAUCUAUUUGAAAUGCGUACACGAGUUGGAACCUUGGCUGGUUGCUCGCCAACUAGGUGUCAGAAACACCCCGGAGAUAUUCCUCAUUGCCAACGUGGCUAAUAAGGCUUCCCAUUCAGAAACUUUGCCCUCACAAAGACUCUCCAUUCUCGGCAAGCUAAAGGUCAAUUCACUGAACAGAUUCUUGCAGUCGUUAACAAACGUGGUGGAAAAGUACACUCCAGAAUUAGUUGUUAAUAAAACUGAAAUGCACGAGCUACGCAUGUCAAGAGAAAUAAAAAAACUGCAGGAGGAUGCGUACAAAAAGUCGCUAGAAAUGGACAGAAUCAAAGCUAUAGAAAAGGAAAAGAGCUUGAAACACGCUCAGGAUUUGAAAUUAAACUCAACUGCUCGGCAAUUAAAAUGGUUAAAGGCUUGCAUCGAUGAGAUACAGCCGUUCGAGACAACGGGGAAGCAAGCUACUCUGCAAUUUAGGACUUCUAGUGGCAAAAGAUUCGUCAAGAAGUUCCCCUCCAUGACUACACUUUACCAAAUCUACCAAUCCAUUGGGUGUCACAUAUACCUCGCGGUAUAUUCUAGUGACCCCGCAGAAUGGUCUAACGCCCUCCAGGACAAAAUCAGGCAAUUAUCUGCAGACGACGAUAUGCUCUGCUUUAAAGAAGGACAACUCGAAACUGCUACUGCUACCACUAUCGAAGAGCUCGGCCACAUCAUCAACAACGAGCUUACCUCAUUUGAUCUCGAACGUGGUAAACUUGAAUUCGACUUUGAAUUGGUAUCGCCCUUCCCUAAGUAUACUGUGCAUCCUAACGAGCACAUGUCGGUGGACCAAGUGCCCCAGCUAUGGCCAAAUGGCAGUCUUCUAGUGGAAGCACUGGAUGAAGAAGAUGAAGAAGAUGAGGAAAAUGAAGAACAAUGA